AUGCGGCAAUGUUUCUUUUUCGCGCAGACAGGUCUAAGAAAUUCAAGCUCCGCGCCUUAUGGAAGCGAAAUCAGGGGAUCCUCGGACCAGGAGCUGCACUCUGCGAGACGGGUCUUUGGAGCAUCGUGCCAGCCCAGCGCUGGGCAGCGCCCCCUGACGAGCUUGCUCCUCCUCGAGCGUGACCCGUGCUAUUCUGAUGCGGCGAGCCCGAUUGUGCGCCACGAGGAGGCGUGGAUUGUACAAGCAAAGGCUAGCCUUCACUGCUUGAGCUACCAGCGCUGCGAGAAGGCAGGGAUGAAAUUGUUGGCAAUGAAGACCUGGAAGAGAAAUCCGGGAGGGCCAUGA